AGACAUUUUAUAGUGCAAGCAACUAUCUGUGGCUCAAAGAAAACAAGAGAUGAUGUCACUUCUCAGAAAAUAACUCUUCAACUACUUCAUUUAAUCACUUUCUGUCUUCUUGCUAAUAUCUCAGAUUCAUAUGAUGAUCUUCUCUUUGCUAUUAUCCUUCUCUGCUAUUUUUAUGAAUGCUAUUAA